GCUGCCAGUCCUGUUCUUCUCUCGCCAGCGGGGACAGGAAGCAAGUCUUGGUUUUCGGGACCAUUAAGUCAAGGUUCAAUAGCCAUGAAGUGGGGCUGGGCGAUAUUGGGGGUCGUCCUCUCCUUGGGGGCCCUGGCGUCCUGCGAGAAGGGCCUGCAAAUCCCAGAGUACGACGGCAGGGACCGCGUUCACGCCCUCAGCGCCAAGAACUACAAGUCCAUCAUGAAGAAGUACGACGUGAUGGUCAUCUACUACCACAAAAACAUGCACGGGAACCGCAACGCCAUCAAGCAGUUCCAGAUCGAGGAGCUGGCUCUUGAGCUUGCAGCCCAGGUCCUGGACGAUCUUGACGAUGAAGACAUCGGAUUUGGCCUUGUGGAUGAAAAGGAGGACAGCGCGGUGGCCAAAAAGCUCAGCCUGGAUGAGGUGGAGAGCGUCUACAUCUUCGCAAACAACGAGAUCAUCGAGUAUGACGGCGAACUUGCCGCGGACACCCUGGUGGAGUUCCUCUAUGACGUGAUGGAGGAGCCCGUGGAGAUCAUCGACAACGAGCGGGAGCUGAAGGGCUUCCACAACAUGGACGAGGUCAUCAAGCUGGUGGGCUACUUCAAGAGCGAGAAAUCUGCUCAUUUCAUCGAGUUCGACGACGCCGCUGAGGAGUUUCACCCCUUCAUCAAAUUCUUUGCCACCUUCGACCCCAAGAUCGCCAAGAAACUGAAGCUGAAGAUGAAUGAGGUGGAUUUCUACGAGCCCUUCAUGGAGGAAUCAGUCACCAUUCCUGGGAAGCCCUACACCGAGGCCGAGCUGGUGGAGUACAUCGAGCAGCAUGACAGACCCACUCUGAGGAAGCUGGAACCUCACAGCAUGUACGAGAUCUGGGAGGACGACAUUGACGGCGAGCACAUUGUGGCCUUUGCCGAGGAAGAUGACCCAGAUGGUUUUGAGUUCCUGGAGAUUCUGAAGGAGGUGGCGCGCGAGAACACAGACAACCCCAACUUGAGCGUCAUCUGGAUCGACCCCGACAACUUUCCCCUGCUGGUUCCGUACUGGGAGAAGACCUUCCGCAUCGACCUCUCAUCCCCCCAGAUCGGCGUGGUGGAUGUGGAGGACGCUGACAGUGUGUGGAUGGAAAUGGACGACCACGAUGACAUGCCCUCGGCGGACGAGCUGGAGCGCUGGAUUGAGGACGUUCUCUCAGGAAAGAUCGACCCCGACGAUGACGACGACGAGGAGGAGGACGAUGAUGAUGAUGAUGAUGAUGAUGAUGAUGAUGAUGAUGAUGAUGAUGAUGAUGAUGACGAUGACGAUGACGAUGACGACGACGACGAAGCAGAUGAUGACGACAACGACAAUGAUGAUGAUGACGAAUAGAAACAUCCCAACCAUCCUUCAGUCCAGUCGUAACAUUGAGAUCGGCUUCAUUUUUCACUUCCUGCGCAGGCCGGAAGGAAGCCAGUGGGAGGCGCUCGGAUCCCUCACCGAAUGGAACCGCGGGUUUGCUUGAUAAGCUGACUGCGUUGGCAUUUUGUACCCUGGGCCGGUGUCUCAAAAAUAAGAAAGAAAAUCACAAAAACAACCAAAAAUCGCUGGAGAGUCUUAAAGGGAUUCUGAAAAAUCUGCUGCAAAAAAGCUAGCUGUUUCUGCUCUCUCA